GUUUAUCCUUCAUUCUGAAAAUAAUGUAAUCGUAUUUACAAAUAUCGAUAAAUUGGCUGCGUUCAGCAGACUCAACUGAUAUAAAGCGAUUGAGCGAGUGAUCCGUGAGCGUAGUAUCGGCGACUGAGUAAAGUACGUUCAGCAAACUGCAUCCAAUAAUUAUGCAACGGUUGAGUCUACUGAACGCAGCCAUUGAAAAAAAAGAAUAAAAAUUAAAAAUUAAUAAAAUAAAGGGAUGCCAAGCGACUUAUGCCUCCACGUGGUGAAUCCUGGAUACAAAAAUGAAUUAUUAUGACUAUGAUUACGAAAAAUAAAUUACAUUUUUUUAAACAUAAAAGUGAUUAUAUCUCAGAAAUGAUUUAUUUCCGAAACUAUGUUAUAACCUUUUUUCCUUCUUUUUGGAUUCCGAAUCACAUCUCGAAGUAUUGUAGGCGAUUUACUGAAAACCCUGUGUAUAUAUAUAUUUUUCUUUUUUAUGUGUUUUAGUUAGUCUUAACAACAAGAGAGUUAAUAUUGAAUAUUAUAACAGUUCUGGAAACGAUUUUUCAAGCUAUGAAGAAUGAUGAUAUUCGGGAUAUGAAUGACUUAUAUUUUUCUACAGUUUAUAAAGAUCACAAUAUAUGUAUUAAAUCUGAAUGUGAAGCAGAUGCGUGGCAUGAAGGAGAACGUGGUAUCGAGGCUAGAAGAUUGCUCGGUAUACUUUCGCACAUCAGUAUUGAAUCGGCAUACUUAAGUAAUUACAUAGCAGGAAAAUCACAAUUGCUUACUCGCAAUGAUGAAUGUUACAAUCAUUACUUGCAACAAAUGACAUGUUAUAAUAUGUGGUCAAAGAAAGGCCAUGAAUUUGAAAUGCUUGAGAUUAUCUUAGAAUGUGUCACUUUAAUAGAACAUGUUAGGAGAUCUCAUCAAUUUACAGGUCUUAUAAAUGCAAUUGUAAAACUACUGUGUAAUGUGCAACAGAAAGUGGAUUAUUGUGACAAAGGAUUAGAAUAUAUUUGUCUUAUAUUCAAAGAGCUUGUAUUCUCAAGGCCAUUAUCACUUUGUUAUGUUUCAUUAGCGAAUUUUAUAAUGAUUUUCAGUAAAUGCAAUAUAUUUAUGUCAAAACUUUGUACAAAUUCACAGUUAAUGACGAUAAAAAGAUGGAAAGGAGUUUUACACUUUACACCAGAUGCUUGUGUCUUACAAAUUUUUAUGGCACAAGUAGAGCAUUUUUGUCCAGACUUUCUUACUACACUCAACAUGACACAUGCAUUAAUAUCAUCUAUAUGGCAUGUCUUACAGAAGAAUAAUUUAUUAAAAAGUGAAAGCUCAGAAUCUUGUAAUUGUUAUACGAAAUUAUUACGAUUUAUAAUUAAUAUGUUAAAGAAAUGUUCUGAAAACAAAUUAGACAUAAUUGAUAAUACUGAGUGGCAAGAUUCAUUUUAUGCUUCCAAAAAAUGUUAUGUUUUGAAGAUAAUUAAUUACAAAGAUUAUGCAUGUCAGAUGAAAUAUAAUAAAGAGAAUAUGGAGAAACAUCUGACAGAAAUAUAUUCAGAAAAGUUUGAUCGUAAUUUAUGGUUUGAUAUGAAAAAGAUUCAAUACAGUGUAUUAAGACAAGGCAUCAGAUUUUUAUGUCAUCUUGCGAUUUGCGAUCCUGAUUUUGUUAUCCGAUCAUCUGAUAUUGAAGAUUCGUUUCACUUAUUUAUACGAAACAUCGUUUUUUUUGACGAUUUGAUACUUCACGAAAAUGAGCGAGAAGCAUUAGAUCGUAUAAAAACCACAUUUAUUGUCGAUAAAGGUGUACAAUAUGAAACUGAGACACAUAAUGAAAAUAUACAUAUUAAUCAAAUGCAUAUGACAAAUUUUGAAAAGAAAGUUACUCCUACAACUGAGAGGAAUCAUCAUACUGGACCUAUUGAAAAUUAUAAUAGAGUAUACAUGGCUAUCCAAGCAUUGUAUAAUUCUAAAAUGGAAAACAGGAACGAUUAAAUAUAUUAAAUUUUCAA